GAUAAUUUAACAAUAAGCGAGAUGAACUACCCCUGCUGCCUAGUCUACUUUUUAUAUGACCAAUAAGCAUCCAUACACAAUGCUUGAUAUAUAUUAAUUGAUUAAACAUCGCUCAAUAUCUCAGAGAUGUAUUCAGCAAGCUCACAAAUCCUCUUCUUCAUUCCAAGGCUCAACAGUUUUCCUGCGGACUUGUUUUGAUUUAUAAAAUUUUUGCCUGGUUGUCUUUUUUGUUGCUUUCAUUUUUUUUUCUUUUUUCAAGCGCGUAUUUAACAAUGAUGGACAAUAAAGAUUUUGAGGUUGCCAAUCCUCCAGCUGACGGCAUCUCUGGAAUAGAUUUUUCUACACAAGCUGAUUAUUUAGCUGUUUCUUCAUGGGAUAAUCAAGUUCGUAUUUAUGAAGUUCAAGCAUCAGGAAAUACAGUUCCCAAGACUUCUUAUGCACAUGAAGGGCCUGCAUUAUGCGUUGCAUGGAGUAAAGACGGUACAAAAGUAGUAUCUGGUGGAGCAGACAAAGCAGGAAGAAUGUUUGAUAUUACGACCGGUCAGUCAACACAAGUGGCACAGCAUGACGAUACCAUCAAAUCCGUGAAAUUUUUAGAUCAAGGCAAUGUACUUGCAACAGGUAGUUGGGAUAAGACGAUCAGAUACUGGGACUUGCGUUCACCUACACCUAUCGGAACCGUUCAGCUUCCCGAACGCUUAUACAGUAUGGACGCUAGAGGGCCAUUAAUGGUUGCAGCAACCGCAGAAAAGCAUGUUUGUUUAUUUGAUCUGAAUAAUCCUACUGUUAUUUUCAAACAAAUAACCUCACCAUUAAAAUGGCAAACUCGUGUUGUUUCCUGCUUUGCUGACAGUAAAGGUUUCGCAAUUGGCUCGAUUGAGGGAAGAGUUGGUAUUCAAUACGUUGACGAAAAGGAAGCUUCCAAGAACUUUUCAUUCAAAUGCCAUCGAGAUGAUUCCAAGAAUAUAUAUGCAGUACACGAUAUCAAUUUUCAUCCUAUUCACGGUACUUUUUCCACUGCUGGUGCUGAUGGAACAUUCAGUUUCUGGGAUAAAGACUCUAAGCAGCGUUUGAAACCAUUCCCUAAAGUCAAUGGUCAAAUAACAAGCACGGCGUUCAACCGUAAUGGUAGUAUCUUUGCAUACGCUGUUUCCUAUGAUUGGUCAAAGGGUUACAAGCAAGCCCUUCCUACACUCACUCCAAAGAUCUAUUUGCAUGCCGUAAGAGACGAAGAGAUCAAGCCUCGUACCCCAAAGAAGCGUUAAUUCAUCCAUAUCCCAUUCAUCCAUAUACAUUUAUUAUCGAGAUUUACACAAUUCAAAAUCUAUAUAAAACUAUGAUCGUUUUAAAUGAACUGUUUUAAUGAAUUCUCUGAUGCAAAGAUCUACAGGGUAUGACGCUAGACCCGUUUUUUUAAUUAUUUUUCCACCUAAUCCACAUAAUUGCUUUAUCUCUGGCUUACUAAUCCAGGGACAUGGAUACACCCCUCAUUAUUGAUCUACGGGAGAUUUCUUGAUGUGCCGCAGCAGGAAGAGAACGCUGACAAAGCUUGGUUGACACUUGUUGCUGGCAUUCAAUAAGAAGCACGCACAAUCUAAACAAGACCCCCG